UUCAUUGCCGUACCGGGAAGAGCGUUGUUUACAAAUAACUUAAUAAUGUUGGGCGAACAUUAGAAAUAGUUGACUAAACUCUCGUAUUGAAUAUAACAGUUGAUUUUGUGAGCAGUUUGACGGUUUACGCCGAACAUCACCGGUAUAAAUCCUCUGAAUGAGCUUUUUUUCAGAAGGAUUUCUUGAAAAGUGACCUGACCUGGUUCCAGUAGUUAAAACUGAAAGGAACAGUAAGAGAUCAAGCUCUGCCGGUACAUGCGGUUUGUUGACACGAGGAGAUAAAGCGGAGUGGCUGCAACAUAGAAGUUUCACAGAGGGGUCGGCUGUGGGUAACUCUGCAGGACACAUGGCAGAGGAAGGCAACAAGUUAACGCUGAGGCGUCUGGAGGGACCCAUCAACAAGUUCAUUAAAGUAGCUCUGCCCACGGACUUGGACAGGCUGCAGAAACACCACGGCAACAUACUGAAGUAUCAACAGUGCCAGCAAUGGGAGCAUCUUCAUUACGAGCACAUAAACGCCAGCAGAACUGUUCAGCAACUCAGAGCAAACAUCAGAGAGAUGGAGAAGCUCUGCAGCCGAGUCCGUCCAGAAGACAGCGAAGCUCUUGAAGCGCUCGUCAAGCCAAUAAGGGACAGAGCGUCAGCCGCCGCACAGGACUUCCUGCUUCUGCACUCCAACCCACCUCCGCCUGUCCCUGCAGCACAGCCGGCUGCAAGACCCUCCAUCACUCAGUCCAGCAGCUACCAUGAUGUUGAGGAGCCCAUCGAGGACUCGCUGUCGAACAGGCAAAUUCAGCUUCAGCUCCCCGAAAUCCCACUGGAUCAGAAUGCGGCUGAAUCCUGGGAUAACCUGGAGGAGGACCUAAAGGAGCUGAGCGGCUUAGUGACGGAGUUCUCUAUGCUCGUCCAUUCCCAGCAGGAGAAGAUUGACAGCAUAGAGGACAACGUUGACGCAGCAGCAGUCAACGUGGAGGAGGGGACCAGGAACCUGGGGAAGGCGGUUGGCUACAAGCUGGCUAUGCUGCCAGUCGCCGCGGCUCUGCUGGGCGGUGCAUUAGGAGGUCCUCUCGGCCUGCUGGUUGGAUUCAAAGCUGCCGGGGUGGCUGCUCUGGGAGGGAGCGCCCUCGGCUUUGCAGGCGGUAACCUGGUCCGCAAACACCGCCAAGCUCAAGUGGACCAAGGGAUGGAACGACUGACGCUGAAAGAAGGGGAACAACCUGAGAGAAAUAAAGACAAAUGACCCACAAGAUUCUUCUAUGUGGACUGAAAAGACUCGGCGUUAGACAAUGUGUGCACUUUGACCUGAUGUUAUUAGGAGUUGAAGUUCUGGAGCUUCAUGUUCUCUCAUCAUCAGAAGGAAUAACUCGCUGUAGAUAUUUUUAUUUAUAUUUGUCCCAGAGUGGACUACAAAAAAAAAAAAAAAACACAACUUCAAUUAAUUUUUAAAAACAUUAACUGAAGCACAAAAAUUUACUUUUUUUAAAUCCAUGCUCACAUACAAACUCAAACUUAUACAUACACCUCCACAUAAAUCUUUCCCAAAAGUUAUUCUUCAACCUCAGAGUUUUUGGCUGGAUAUUAAACAGGUCUGCUAUUUAUAGACGGUAAAGCUGGUUGAAGGUUGUUGGUUUCCUGGCACAAAGCUCACAGGUUUCCUAUAAGUUUGGUUUUUGAUCCAGUCCAUUUUUUAUUUGUUCUUUGUUUGGGAUGAUUAUACAAUGAGGUUUGUCUUAAGAUUUAAUCAUUUAGCUGCUGAAUUGAGUUAAAGUAAUAAUUAAUAAAAAAACAAACAUCACCUUCAUGAUUCUACCACUUCCAUGUAAUAAAGUGAGUGUUUCUGUUCGUCUGAGGAAGACAGGUUACCGGUAAUACCGCUUUUAAAUUUGGUCAAACUGACUGACAUCAGUCUUUUAAAGCAUCAUCCUAACUAAACUUAAUGUAAAAUGUAUGAACUAUGAUCAAUAAAACAAUGCCUGUGGCAGGAAGCCAGAAACUGUAAAUUAGUGCUACAAUUACAGCAAAGAAAAGCAACUAAAUAUUUUGUCCAAAUCACCCCAGGAAGAAAGCCUUAGGUCGAAGUGCCUUUUUCAAAAAUGUUGUAGCUGCUGUAUGUAUAUUUUUAAAACUUUACGUAUCAAGGCAAAGUCUAACU